ACCUCAUCCUGGAUGGCAUGUACAGGGACCGAGGAGGGGAGAAGGAGGCCCGCCUGGACCUCUACACACCAGCUGUCACCUACCUCAAAGCAGGUGGCUGGGGCGUGGUGGGGAAGCGGGGUGUGAAGGCCUCCUGCUCCUUAAGCUCAUUGUGGACCUCUCCCCUGAGAGGAGAUGUCUCUCUGGAGGCCUCUAAGUACAGUCACACCCUGCAGAUGGCCUCCAGUUACGGCAAACACAACCUCAGCUUGGCUGCAGCUCUCAAGUCCACGGACAAGAGUUUGAAAAAGAGGCUAGUGAUGGUGAAGAUGAUCUUGGCAGAGCCCAAGGGCCCGUCCACAGAGCUGGAGAUGGAGGGAGCAGUGGAGGAGCUGAGGAAGGACAAGAGGAUGUACCAGAAAACUGCCAAGCUAUGGCUUAGACAGCCAUUCCAGAGCUUUCCUCAGAGCCUCCUCCUGCGGGAGACUUUCACCGUCGACCUCCUCAAAGGCCUCUACAUCCUGGAGUCUAGAGCCGGUUUCCACAGCAGCGGAGAGCUUGUUCACACCCUCACCCUUGGCUACCAACCACCGAGCCCUUUUGUUUGCUCCGCCCUGAUACACCCCUUCAGCUCCUCCACUGUACCAUCAGACUCAGAAAUCUGUGUGACUGUUACCAGCAACCAGCUCCAGAAAGAGGUACAUGGGAGGUUACGGAUCGGCAGCAAGGACAGACUGACCUUCUUUGGGCAGGUUCUGUUGAACGCCUCACACUCAAAGCAACAAUCGGUGAAAGUUAGAGCCAACAUCACACACCAACUCCAGCUGCAGCUCCCCUCCUCUGCCAUAGUGGAGGGAGAUGUAUGUUGGAACCCCAAAAACAACACCGUCUUUGAUUAUCUGGCCGGAGGGAAAUUGAGGAUCGAGCGGCAGGAGUGCAAAUUUUCUGUACGUCUGAAUGGAACAUCAGGCAAAGUUGGUUUGUAUACCUCUCUCAGUCAUCCCUUCAAAUCCAAGCUUCCCAAAACACUAGAAGCUCAGGCCACUGCAGACAUGUUUGUGGCAGCUGGUAGAGGGAGCAGCUCUGUGUGUGUGAAGGCUGAUGGAAAGGACAGAGUGCUGCUGGAUGCUCGGAUGACCCACUCCCUGCAGAGGGGCAGAGCGUUUGGCCUCAUGGUGAACCUCUCCCAGAGCCUGCUGCCUACUGCCACUGACCUGCAGCUAAACAUGGCUGCCAACGUCUCCUCAAACAGUGUGUCUGUACAUGGCUCUUAUGCCCAGGGACAGGAGGCCUUGCUGGUCCAGGUGAGAGGCUCUCUGAACCACACGCAGGGUCUCCAGCUGGCUGUGUCCGGGGAUCUCAGGCACUCCAUGGCCAGCCUCACCAUUUUGCCCUUGACCCUGGGGUUGGAUGGGGCACUGGGACAGACUGACACACUGACUGAAGGGCAGCUGAAAAUUAGAGUGAUGGAGGCGUUGUACAGUGUGGAGAUGAGGCACGAGGAUGCUCCUGAAAUUUCCUGGGAUGGAGAAGAUGAGGAGGACGCGAUGAGAAAAACAUCCCGCAGUGCUCGUGAUUGGCUGUGUGCUCGGUCAGGCGCAGAGUCCUUGUGUGUGAAUGUGAGCCGCCAACUUGGAGAUUAUGGGAUGGGUGGCGUCUACACCCAACUCUCUCACUCUUCCAACCUGCUCACUGCCACAGGUGUACCAGCUAACAGCAGUGCUCAGGUGAGCUGGGCACAGGAAGCGGGUCGACUGUCAGUCCUGGCAGAGCUGCAGGCCGGAGCUGAAAACCUGAAGGCUGAGUUUACUGGAGGCAAGACCGGCCAGCCUCUCCCUCGAUGGGAGUUCCUCUCCAGGUUGCAGCACCAAAUCAAAGUCCUGGUGGAAAGCGGCCUGGCAAACUCCAUGCAAGCCAGAGCGCAUUACCAGGUAGAAACAGAUGGGGUGAACACAGGACUGAUCCUUCACUUAGAGGAGGAAAGGAUGGCCAAUGUCUUUUUCAGUGUUGGUACAAACAACAGUACAGCUAGAUUGACAGCAUCCCUAUGGCAAGACAUAAGGCAGCUCAAGGGGGUGAUACCCACCUCCUUACAGAUGAACUGCACGGGGGACGCCACUGCAGACCGGCUCUCAGGCCAAUGCUACGGAAGUGUGGCAGGCCGCCCCGUGGAGACUCUUCUGCCUCCGCAGUUCUCUGUGAAAUUCUCCAUCAUCCGUUUCAGCUGCACCACAAAUCUGAAUGCACAUCUGCAGAUUGGAGGAGAACAGAAGGGCAGCCUUAGCCUGUCUAUAGCUUGUCAUCCUCACCUUAGACUCAGGAGCUCCAUGCAGCACUCCAUUGAGGGGAUACAGGCUUUGGGCAUACCCACUCAUGGCUCCCUGGUCUUGGGUGUCUUAACUGCAGAUGUCCCUGGUGUGGAGGUGGGCCUGGAGCUAGGACAUUGCUAUUUCAGGGUUAACAUGGGAGAGACUAAAUCUUCAGAGAAAGAAAGGAACCAGUCCUCUUACGCUGUCAAUAUGACCAACUACUGUCCCGCUCUACAGGGAACCACCCUCCCAGUCUCACUGGUUCUUCAGGGCCUCCUGUCAGUGGUCCCUUGUCAGCUGACCAUGUCUUGCACUCUGAGGGCAGACAGCCAGGACCUGACACUGGAACUGGGCCAGUCCUGCAUGCCUCCACGCAUCUCUGGGACCCUCACUCACUCCUUCCUUUGGCUGCAGAGCCGAGGCCUGCCCCAGACCUCCAUCAUAGAGGCCUCUGUUUCUGAGGGCUCUGGCCAAGCUGGGACUCUGCUCAUCAAAGUUGGAUCAUGUCUCAUUAGAGCUAAAGGAAUCAUGGAGGCUGCAGGAAAGACACAGUGGCUCUGGGAUAUGGAGUCUGAGUGCUCACUCUUACAGGCCCAUUUGAAUGGUUCAGUGUGGCAGGACACUCAGGGUAUCUGGACAGUCAUGGUGGACGCUGGUUUGGAGGGCAAGAGGGGUUCCCUGAGGAUGAAUGCAAGCACCAGGCCUGAUCUGAGGCUGGAGGGAGAGCUCAGUCACAAUCUUCCUGGUUUCAGAGGUCUACCAGAACAUGGCAGGCUGCUAGUAAGCGGUCGGGCUGGAACACAUGGAUAUGAUGCUGACGCCCUGGUACAGAUGGAGGAGUGUGCUGCCACAGCCAGAGGGGCUGUCAUGUCACAGCCCAGCCUACAGGGGUUGUUGGUGUAUCAUAAUAACUGCACAGUGGUACAGGAAUGGGGGAGUCCAAACCGGAUGCAUGCCUCAGGGUCCUUGGUUGUCUCCCAGACUGUUUUUGAAUCUCAGGUCUCCAUGGCAACAGACAACAAAGAGUUACAGGCUUCGAUGGCCUUGGGGAAAAAUAAGGAGAAAAAUGAAGCCUCAUUCCAUCUUAACCACUCUGUCCCUCUGUUAAAGACAGUGGGUCUCCCUACUGAUGUUGCUAUGAAAGUUAAUUCUUUGAGCCCUGGCAAUGGCUCACACUUUUACCUACUGCAGUGCAGUACAGGAAAUCAGCAGGUAUCGCAAGAGGUGACAGUGGCCAAAAUGUCUGCGUCAGUGAGAGUCAAGAGUCUUUUUAGGCAUACAGUAAACUACCUGAAGAAACUAGGAAUCCCUGGAAACAACAGCAUCCAGAUGGAACUUGGGUCUGGUGAGGGGAAGACUGUGACCUUGCAAUCCCAGUUUGGAUUUCAGAAGGCAGGCUUGAGGCUUAAAAUGAAAAGCUUCCCCAUGACCACAGAGUUAAGAGGAACCAUGUGGCACAACUGGCCAUGGCUACAGGACAGGGGACUUCCACUCGUCACAGAAGGCCUGUGCUCCAUCCAGGGAGGCUUCUCUCAGCUUCAGUCCAAGGCUCAUCUCAUUAUAGAUGGGCAAAAGCUGCUUGUCUCUGGCUUGAAUAUCAGUGUUGCUGAUGGACGUCUGGCCAUGCUGCUCUCCUACGCCCCACCUGCUUCCUCUCAAACAGCGACACAACCCAGUCUGGACAUGGCUCUGACUGCUCAGUUCAAAGGCCCUCUGCGGAGUGUGUCAGUGGACCUGAGCUGCAGAGACUGGAGGGUCCGCGUGGUGGGGGAUGUUGGGGGCUGGGGGACACAUGGAGGGUCCAAGGAGGCCAGAGUUACUCUGAAGCACCACAUGCACGGACAGAUUAGCCCAGUCUUACAGGUGGAAGCCUGGGGCCGACUUACCGACUCCCAGCUUCGGUGCUCUAUGGCUGUGAACCCUGAACUCAGCUCCUCACUGGCACUCAUCAUUCAAGGACACCAUCUCCCUGACAGCAAGGAACUGAUGGUGAAGGUGGUCCAGAAUAUUCCCAAGCUGUCGGUCUACCUGCCUGCACAGCUCAACACCAGAUUUCAGCUGAACCAGUCUCGCUCCAGUGUCCUGGGCUUGGCGGAGCUGUCGUCUGGCCGGAGGAGGCUUUGGGCUCUGGGGGAAAUAGCUGCCAUUGAGUGUGGCUACAGGCAGGUUCUGGAGCUCAACCACACCUACCCACAGCUGAAGCCACUCCCCAGGACCAUAGCAGUGAGAACUGUGUAUGAGGCCAGGAACUGGAGCUACCAAGUUCAACAUGGUGCAUUGUGGGGCAGCCAGGAGUUCAGCCUGACCGGCCUGUACUCUGCACCUCCAGCACUGGAGAUGGGGAACCACUCCUUGAAAGUUCAGAUCACCUGUGUUCCGCGUUGGAGCAAUUUGGAGGUGACUCUGGAGCGCUCACUGCACGGCCGACGGGACAGUGUUUUACUGGGCUGGACCAGACAUGGCCGACUGGAGCAGGUCAGGGCUCUUAGCCUGUGGGGUCAAUCAGAGGAGAUGAACGAGACCAAGGUGGAGCUGAAGCAGCCCUUCACCGCCACACUGUCCCAGCUCUCCCUCCACACACUCUCCCACUUCUCACGGAGGGAACAACGGAGCAGUCACCAGACCCAUCUGUCCUGGGACAGUUCAGUGCCUGUGAAUGUCUCCCUCAGCCUGAACAAACAGUGGCAGGGUAACUCCAGCAGGGGGCAGGCAUGCACUCUUUUCUCAUCCCGACACACGGUGGUCUCUUCUGUGAAAGGAUGUGUCUCUGUAGGCCGGGAGGGAAAUUCAUAUUCCCAAAAUGCUGAGCUUAGGUGGGACAACAGGAGUGUCAAGCAAGGCAUGAAGUACCAGAACAGUCCAAGGGGAAUGCACAGUCUCCAGAUCAGUGCGGGUUUGGAGAAUGUGUCGUCCACUCCAUGUCCGUCCCACAGCCUCCUGGCCAAGGUCCAAACCAACCUCAAAGACCGAUUGGAGCACACAGUUUUGUUGGGUCUCUGCCCCCCACAGCCUACUCUGUCGUGGUCAGGAUCCCACAGAGUUAACUCAGGAGAGGAGCUGUUUUACACACAGACUCGCCUUUCAGUGACAGGACAUCCCGCCCAGUGCAGCCUCACCCUCGCCCUCAUCAACUCCUCCACUGUUCACAGCACCAACAUAACCCUCUUCUCUGAGUCUAGGAUUGGUAAUUGGAGUGUGGAGGCGGGGGGCAGUGCCUUGUCCUCCCCCCAGGCGUCGGGACUCCAGGUUCAGGCCAGGCUGGACCGCAGUGAGACUUUCUGGCUGAAUGGAGCAGUAGAGGGCAGAUGUCUUCAGACCAUAGCAGGUUAUAAGAAUGGUUCAUGGCUCGAUGAGGACCUCACUGUUGCAAUGUGUGUGGACACAAACCGGAGGUUCACUCUGGAUGUGCAGAAGCGAGCAGACAGAGGCAAACCUGAAACCAUUGGCAGCGUCUCCAUGGGAACAGCCAAUCAGAGCCUAAUGCUGAGAGCCCAUGGCUGCUCAGAGACCCUAUUUGGAGUGGAGGCGCGAAUUCAUCAUUUGAGCUCUCAGAUAAGGAACAAGCUGCUGGAGAGAAUCAAGACAUUACAGCAUCUUCUCCUGGAAUUCAGACGGCAGUCUAGAGACAGUGAGCUACUCCAGGAGCUGAGCGCUGUGCCCCUUCGACUUACCCAGCCAGCAGAGGCUCUCCUGGGGCAGAGUGACAGAGGUUUAUGGGCCCUGUGGCAGAGGGGCCCCCUCCGACACAUCUUGACCGACAGCCUGCCUCGCUUUCUCAGUCUGCUGCAGCACGCCUCGCUGCUGGGACAACAGGAGCUCAGGAGGCCGCUCGCCACUCUGGCAGGAGUGUACCAUGAUGUGACGGGCCAGAGGCUGGAGCCUCUGUGGAGGGAGGCUCUGUCGCUGUGGACGUCCAGGCUGCUAGAAGUCCUGCCUCCUCUGCUGGAGAACCCUCAGCUGAGACCACUGGCUCAGGCCAGCCUCUCCGCCCUCAGCACCGCCCUGGAUUUGGUAGGCCAGCAGACGGUCCACUGGGUUGAAAACAGGUUGGCAACAGCCUUGUCUGGAGUCAGGAAACGACUUACGUCUGUCUACAAACUCUCCCCAAGAGAAUGUUCAGUGUCGGUGUCGAUGCCCCUGCCGCGGGUCCCCUGGUCCAGGGUUGCUGAAGCUGGUGUGGUGGAAAUCAUUUUGGAGGAGUGGCUCCUGAGACCCCUGCAGGCCCUCACCUCUCUCAGGCCCACUGCUGAGCUUUACCGCCUCAAGAGGAGGAUUAUGGACAGCCCCUUCACACACCAAGCUCUGCUGGUAGCAGAUCAGUUUGCAGUGUCAUUUGAUGGGCACCUGUAUGAGCUGCCAGGCUCGUGUCCCAUUCUUCUUGCUCGAGAUGUCGCCCACAACCCCUCUUUCACACUGCUGCUCAGUUCAGACUCAAACUCCCGGCGCUUCCUUGUGGUAGGGAUGAACAACAGCAGCAUCAGCAUUCAGCAGAAUGGACAGGUGAAGGUCAACUGCCAUGCAAUGCACACAUCACAGCAAAAGGAAAAUGGAGUGGCCAUCAAAAGGAGCUCAAACACUGUGGAAAUCUCCAAUCAGAACGGAGUGUUGGUUUUGUGUGAUCUGUCGCUGGAGGUGUGCAGCCUGACGCUCGAUGGAUGGUUGCAUGGUGUGUCCACUGGUCUCCUGGGAAACAAUGACAAUGAAGCAGGGAAUGAUUUUGUUUUGUCUGACGGCUCUCAAGCUGGGAACAUGGCCGACUUCAUCUACAGCUGGCUGAUGAGGCCUGAGUGUAUCAGGCCACCAGCCGUAAAGGUGCCCUGCUCCGCGGCAGAAAUGAACCCAGUGAACUGUGACUUUCUGUUCUCCUCGCCUGAUUCUCCACUGAGUUCCUGCUUCAGAGUGGUGGAUCCUGGCCAGUUCUUGUCAGUUUGUGAGAGGAGCCACUGUGGCUCUUUCCCAGGCCCAUCAAGAUCUUCCUGCAGAUUAGCAGCUGCUUUUGUUCUUCUCUGCCAGCAAAACUACAUCCCACUGGAGGUCCCUGUCCAAUGCUUACAAGUAUAAACAAAGGAAGACCUUAUGAGGACCAAGGAUGACUGUUUUUGCUCUCAUUUGCCAGCUCCUACAGCUGAGAGUGCUAUCUUAUACCACUUCUUGUACUUUAUUACUUGUGCACUUACAUUUCUGAUUUGAUACUGUAUUGUAUAGUUAAGUAUUUUCAUACCUCCUGUAAAGUGCAUUAUUGUCCUGUUUAGACAUGCUGUAUGUUCAACAAUGUCUCAAUAAUGUGAAUGUGAACAAUACUGUCUGUAACAUUUACCCUUGCAGUGCUUUAUUGUUAAUCAUCAUUUUAUGAUCUGUAAUCUGUACCAGUGCCGAAGACAAGGGUGACUGACUUGGGUGCAACUACAGCAGUCCAUCCUCACAAUCUAAUUUUAAUCAUAAAGGGUCGACACAUAUUUUUACUGCA